AUGAAUUUCAAAAUGUAUCUGCCUUCAUGUACAUUGUACACACAUAUGUGUGCCUUACUACUCAAAAAUAUAUUACACCACACUCAAAAAAAAAAAAAAAAAAAAUUUCACUCCACAAGAAACGAAACCUUCCUGUACCACCUAUACAACCGCAUCGAAAUUCAAAGUUGCCGGAUGAACCUCGGCAAAUGAUUAUCAUGAAGAAGAUAACCAGUAAGGGAGGAGUUCAGAAAAGUCGCAAUCUUAAGUUCGACGACGGUAUGAAUCUGGACCAGAUCAUUGCGAAACUGAAGCUGGUGGGGGAUUUAGGAUCCGUGAUCCAGGUGUCUGCCCGGGAUAUCGAAACAGUGUGUAUUAGCGCGCGGGAAGUGCUGCUCAGCCAGCCGAGUUUGCUGGAGUUGCGUGCACCGAUCAAUUUACUGGGUGAUAUACAUGGACAGUACCAUAAUCUGCUGCGGUACUUUGAGGCCAAUGGGUAUCCGCCGGAUUCGGAGUAUCUGCUGCUGGGCGAUUAUGUGGACAGGGGCAAGCAGUCCAUCGAAACAUUGACCCUACUUCUGGCCCUCAAGGCGAGGUAUCCAUCGAAAUUCUUCUUACUCCGUGGCAACCACGAGUGUUCCAGCUUGAAUCACUUCUAUGGAUUCUACGACGAGUGCAAGAGGCGCUACACGGUUAAACUGUGGCGCACUUUCGUCGAUUGCUACAAUUGCAUGCCCCUGGCGGCGAUCAUCGAGGACAAUAUCUUCUGCUGUCACGGCGGCCUGAGUCCGCAUCUGUUUAGCAUGCAGCAAAUACGGAAGAUACAGCGACCCAUCGAGAUCCCCGAGGCCGGAUUGGUGUGCGAUAUCCUCUGGUCCGAUCCAGACCUAAGGAUAAUGGGCUGGGGACCCAACGAACGCGGUGUGAGCCACACCUUCGGCUCCGAUGUGGUCAGUGCCUUCCUCCACCGCUUCGGGUUCAACCUCAUUUGCAGGGGUCACCAGGUCGUCGAGGAUGGGUACGAGUUCUUUGCCAAGCGCCAGUUGGUCACCAUUUUCUCCGCACCCAACUAUUGCGGGGAAUUCGAUAAUGCCGGGGCAAUGUUGUGCAUCGACGAGAAUCUUCUCUGCACUUUUCGUGUUCAGAGGCCAAGGGUCACGGUGUUUUCAAAGUGAGCGGAUGGUAUUUACUUAGGAGGAAAGGCUUGUUAUGUUUCCUCAAUUUUAAAGUUGAGUUUUGUGAGAAUGUAUUGUAAAAUUUAUUAAAUUUAUUAUACACUUCAAA